AAAUUGGUUAAACCUUGCAAAACUUGAAGAUAUAGCAAAAAUAUAUGCCUAUUAUAUUUCAAAUGCUAAUACCGAACUUAAAUAUAUAGCAGCAACUAUUAAAUUAGAUGAAUUAUGCCAAAAAAUAUUAGAUGUAACAGUAUCAAUAGAAUUAAAAGAUAAAAACAAUAAGAAUGAUAUUGCUAUAGCAAAUGAAAUCAAAGAGUUUUAUAUAUUAGAAAAAAACGAAUAUAACAAUAUUUCAAUUAAGA